AUGACCACAAUAUUUCAAGACAACGAUACUUUAGGGCAAAAAGUGAUUUUGCGAUCAGUUAAAAAAUUCAUGACUAUUAACUCUAUUAUAACAGCGACGUUCGUUUAUGUGAGUGUGAACGGCGCCACAGCUCCAGUGGUUAUUCCAGAGUUACUGACAUGGUUAUUGCCAGGAAAUAAAACAUUUAAAAAGUCAUUGCCUAUUUAUUGGGAUUUUUUCAUGGACCAACAUGAGUAUUUCUAUCAAAUUUUUGUAAUGCAACAGAUCCUUCUUAUUCUCUUCAGUUUUACAGUUACGUCAUUGAUCCAGUACGAAUACUUAUGUACAGGAUUUAUCAUUGGCGAAUUCCAUCAAUUGCAGGUUUUUGAACAACUAUAUAAAUUGAACAGUCCAGUGAUGUUUGUUGUUAUUGUAGGUGCAUCUUGUUGCAUAAUUUUAAGUGGUACCACAAUGGUAGUUUUAAUGAAUUCGAGCUCAGCAAUAGCUAUUAAAAUGUUGAUAGUAUAUUGUACUGCUUUGAUUACCGUUCCAAUUGCUUGUAUUCCUAGUCAAUUGUUAAGUAAUGCUUGCCUUGAUAUGUUCAACAAAACUUAUUGCAUUAAUUGGUACGAAUACCCACCAACAGCUAGGCGCAUUUUAGUAUUAUUUUUGUUAAGAUCAAUGAAAACUAUGGUAUUUGAGGCUGGGAAAAUUAUUGAGUUAAAUUUUGAAACGUGUAGCAAUGUUCUUAGUUAUUUCAUCAAUUGGUACAAAUAUCCACCAAAAGCUAGGCUCAUCGUAGUAUUACUUUUAUUAAGAUCAAUGAAAACUUUGGUAGUGGAGGCUGGGUCGAUCAUUCAAUUAAAUUUUGAAACAUGUAGCAAUAUAAGUCUCUUAAUUUAA